CACAAAUCCUCCCAAAAACCAUCAAUUCCCUCUCUUUUUUUUCCUUAAUAAAACUUCACUCCAAACACAUUAAAAAAAGAAAAUAAUGGCAAUCAAAAAAUCAGCAAAAUUACCACAAACAGCAGUACUAAAACAAAUACUAAAAAGAUGUUCAAGUCUAGGCAAAAAACAAGGAUAUGAGCCAGAAGAUGUUCCAAAAGGGCAUUUUGCAGUUUAUGUAGGAGAUAAUAGAACAAGAUACAUUGUUCCUAUUUCAUUACUAAACACACCACAGUUUCAAACUUUACUUAAUCAGUCUGAACAAGAAUUCGGUUUCUGUCAUCAAAUGGGUCUUACUAUCCCUUGUGAUCAACAUCUCUUUGAAUCUCUUAUUACUUCCAUGCUUUUAUUAUAAUAAGCAGCUCUUGAUGCCUUAUUAAAGGUAAGGUUAGAAACCCAUUUGGAGAAUUUUUUUUUUUUUUUUUUUUUGUUUUCAUGGGUUUUGGGAGAAAUUUUGUAUAUUUAUUUAGUUUUAAUCACAUAAAAAAAUUAAUAUAUAUCUCACGGUGGUCGAAUGUUACCCGGUGAGAAAAUUGAUUGGUAGUUAUUAUGUUAAAACUGUUAAUUAAUGACAUGAAGUACGUAUAUUAUUAAUUAUGAUUGGUUAACUACUCUUGGCUACUCUUUAGUCUCUUUUACUUGUUUUUCUUUGUCUUUUACUCUAACUCCAAAGAUUUCA